AUGGUGAAUUUCCAGGAAUGUCACUCUUGGAAGCGGAAUCUUUGGAAUAAGGUGAUGUCUCUCAUCCCCUACAAAUCUAUGCGGGGCCAGUCUGACAUAGGUGAUGAGAUGGAGAAACUAAUUCCUCAUGCCAAAAUACUCAGGCAACACACAAAACUGGGACCAACAGGCGCCACCAGUUCACGUCCUCAGCCAACACAACCUAGAAAUUCAGAUUAUCUGGUGUCAUAUGAUUCAGAUUUUGUUGUUCCUUAUGAUAAAGUAGAUGAGUUAGUAAACCAACUAUUCGACCCAAAAAAGGGAGAAUUAGAUACUGUUAUCGUAGUAACUGGUAUGGCAGGCUCUGGCAAGACGGUUCUGGCCAAAAGAGUUUGUAGCAUGAAAGUUGCUGAGCAUCGUUUCCAUAGCCAUGCUUGGGUUAAUUUUUCUGUGGAUUAUGAAGGUAAAGAUUUUUUAGUAGACAUCUUGAAACAGCUUAACCGGGAGAGGGUUGAUGAAAAUUUACAAGAUAAUGAGCUGGAGUCGAUGCUGGAAAGUUUUUCAAAGAAAAAACAUUGUCUGAUAGUUGUAGAUGAUGUCCGGACACCGUAUGAUUUGGACAAACUUUCAGUUGUCUUGAAAUGCAUAGGAGGUAGGAGUCCGUUGAUUCUCACCACUCGCAGCCAAGAUGUAGCGCGUGCUGCUAGUCGGUGGAGAAAUCCUAUCAGUCUACGAAGGUUAACCGAUGAGGAGGGCUGGACAUUGUUUUUGAAGAAGGCACGAAUAGCAGAAGAUAGCCUCAACUCUCCUGAGUUGAUCAAUCUCCAGAAUGAUAUCCUGAGACAAUGUGAUGGUUCACCUUGGGCAAUUCUUGUACUGGGUGGAAUACUGUCCACUAAAGAUUUAAGCAACUGGCGCUGUGUGAUUGAGCAAUUGUCAUGCAUGGCUUCAAGACAAUUGUCUGUGCCACCUGAAGUUCAACAAGAAUUGUCAACCACAGAUAAAGAGGAAUUUUCCACUGUGAUUCCCCAUGCAGCUCAAGAGAAUAUCUUGGCUUUGAGUUAUCAGGACCUUUCUUCUCGAGUGAAAUGUUGUUUUCUUUAUUUUGGGCUCUUCCCCAGAGCGGUUGAGAUUCCAAUAAGGAGGUUGUUUUAUCAUUGGCGUGCAGAGGGAUGGGUUACUCCCUUGCCUGAGGAGCAUAUUGAUGAUAUAGAUCUUGCAUGGAAAAUUCUCAAACAGCUAAUAAGUAGAAACUUGAUUGAAGUAGAAAAGGCGGGAUUUGCUGGAAGCCCAAAAAGAUGUCAGUCUCCUGGAGUUGAUAUUUGGCGACUAGUUGAGUAUGCAGGCAUCAGGAACUAUCCUUCUUUGGAUCCUUACAUAUUAUCUCUGCGUUCUUGGGUAUCUUUUAACACCAGGAAACGAGAUUCGCCCAACAAAGAGAUAGGAUUGUUUCUAAACAAUAUUGUCAAUAGUAGAGGCUUUGGAAUGCUCAUACUGCUUGAUCUUGAGCAUGUCUACAAACCUGUGCUACAUGAGACAAUAGGUAAGUUGUUGCUCCUUAAGUCCCUAGGUUUGAGAUGGACUUCCUUAGAUGCACUUCCAAUAUCGGUUGGUAAUCUGCCAUACCUGGAAACUCUAGAUGUGAAGCACACCAAUAUAACAAAUUUGCCAAAUUCCAUUGGGAAGGCAAAGAAUCUUAGAUAUCUCUACCUGAAUGAUUCUGAUAUGUCUUUUAGAAUGCCAAAUAUUGGAUAUCUAACCAACCUUCAGAGCUUAUCAGGUCUGUUCAUAGGCAAUAAGAGUCUUGUGAAUAAUUGCUUGAGCAAAUUACGUGGCCUCAAGAAACUGAAGUUGACAUGUUCUUCAAGGUCAGCUGUUAGGGAAAUAGCUGACAGUAUUUCACAAUUGAGUGAUCUUCAAUCCUUAAGGUUGAGAUCAAUUGACCUAUUUGAUCAGCCUUCAAUUCUUGAGUUGGGGGCCAUUGCAGAGCACCAAAAGCUAUACGAUUUGUAUUUGCUGGGACAGUUACCAAGAGAUUAUUCAUUUCCUCCAAACCUCAAAGCUCUCACUUUGUCAGCAUCAGAGAUUGAGCGAGAUCCAAUGCAUAUGCUAGGUCAGUUACGUCACCUAAACUCUCUCAGGCUUUUGGGUAAAUCUUAUGCAGGGCAACAAAUGACAUGUCUCUGUGAAGGAUUUCCUGAACUUCGUAUCUUGAAACUGUGGAAGCUGGAGAAUUUAGAGGAGUGGAUUGUGGAGGAAGGAUCCAUGCCUCUCCUUAGAGAAUUAGAGAUCAGAUGUUGCAAUAGAUUGCAGCGGCCAGAAGGAUUACAGCUAAUCAUCCCAUUGAAAGAAGUAAUCUUAACAAAUAUGUCUGAUGAAUUUGUAGCAAAUUUUAAAAGAGUCCUGGUUAAUGCAUCUGUCCAAGUGAGCAAACUUCCACUUAAUCCUUAGCCGCCUUGUAGGAGAAAUAUAAGCAGAGGCAAGAAUUCAGAUGAAAUUAUAGCCCAGACUUCUUGUGUGCUAGCUAAUUCUCCAAUUCCCGGCAAAGAUUCUGCCAAAAGUUCACUCCUUCGUCUCAACUGAAUUUGGCCCAUCAACAGCAUUACACUAGAUGACAUGGACCUUGUGUUGAACUUUGAGGUGUAGAGGGCACCAAUAGACAAGCCCACAAGUUUGUUUUUUUUUCUUUUUUUUCUUUUUUUUUUUCUUGGUAUAGUAGUUUGAGACGGUCAGAUUUGGGUCUAGUGUUCCUCCACACUUGACUGAUAUAAUGCAGACACAUGGCAAGUGUUUGUAUCAGAUUCAAUGCACGAACACUGAAUCCAAGCCAUGUCUUCUAAAGCCUCUUCAAAUAGGAAAAGUGCCAGGUCAGUUUUCAGUUUUCUAUAUAUACAAGAAGCAUACCCUUGGGUUUGGAGAAAAAAAAGUGUAGUCUCAUUGCAAAGAUAAGUAGGAGAGUGAGACAUUUUCCAAUAGAAAAAAAAAAAGAUUGUGAGACAUUUAGUUGAAUAUUACAACAACAGAAAUUCAUUGUAUCCAAAGUGAGCGUGACGGGGAAGUGCAAA